CCCGCUCCGGCGCCGUGCGCGGCGGCGGCGGCGGAGCAGGAGCAACUCCCGCUCCUCCCGGCGCGUCCCUCCUCCUGCCUGGCACCGUGUGCCGGCGGCGGGUGCACGGUGACCUUACGGAGCGUGCAUUACCUCACAGGAUCUGAUCUGGGCACUCUGAGGCAGACGGAGCAGGGAACAGAGCAAGCGGUCGGAGGAGCAUCAUUUCUACGGAAUGAUUGAAGAUUGUGGGAAAAGAGGAAAUACCAUGGCAGAAAGAAGGCAGCUGUUUGCAGAAAUGCGGGCUCAGGAUCUGGAUCGCAUCCGCUUGUCCACCUACCGAACAGCAUGCAAGCUUCGGUUCGUUCAGAAGAAAUGCAACUUGCACCUGGUGGACAUCUGGAAUGUGAUCGAAGCCUUACGGGAGAACGCCCUGAACAACCUGGACCCCAGCACCGAACUGAACGUGGCUCGCCUGGAGGCUGUGAUCUCAACCAUCUUCUACCAGCUCAACAAACGGAUGCCCACCACCCACCAGAUCAACGUGGAGCAGUCCAUCAGCCUGCUGCUCAACUUCCUGCUAGCGGCCUUUGAUCCGGAAGGACAUGGUAAAAUUUCCGUUUUUGCUGUCAAAAUGGCCUUGGCAACUCUUUGUGGAGGAAAGAUCAUGGACAAAUUAAGAUAUAUUUUCUCCAUGAUUUCUGACUCCAGCGGGGUGAUGGUUUAUGGCAGGUACGACAUGUUCCUGCGCGAGGUUCUCAAGCUGCCCACCGCUGUCUUCGAGGGGCCUUCCUUUGGGUACACUGAGCAGUCAGCAAAAUCCUGUUUCUCACAACAGAAAAAAGUCACAUUAAACACUUUCUUGGAUACUCUCAUGUCUGAUCCCCCACCACAGUGUCUAGUGUGGUUACCACUUCUGCAUCGACUGGCAAAUGUUGAAAAUGUCUUCCACCCCGUCGAGUGUUCCUACUGCCACAGCGAGAGCAUGAUGGGGUUUCGCUACCGCUGCCAGCAGUGUCACAAUUACCAGCUCUGUCAGGACUGCUUCUGGAGGGGCCAUGCCAGCGGUUCCCACAGCAACCAGCACCAAAUGAAAGAGUACACGUCAUGGAAAUCACCUGCUAAGAAGCUAACUAAUGCACUUAGCAAGUCUUUAAGCUGUGCUUCCAGCCGUGAACCUUUGCACCCAAUGUUCCCUGACCAGCCUGAAAAACCUCUAAACCUGGCUCAUAUUGUGCCCCCCCGACCUGUAACCAGCAUGAACGACACACUCUUCUCCCAUUCUGUUCCCUCAGGAAGUCCCUUUGCAAACAGAAGGUUACUUGGGGGUAUAAAUGCAGCCAGUCCUGUGGCUGAUGAGCAUUCUCUUAUAAAGCUGUAUGUAAAUCAGCUUCACAACAAUUCACGCGUCCUUGACAGUGCGAGUCGGCUGGAUGAAGAGCACAAGCUGAUCGCCAGGUACGCAGCAAGGCUGGCAGCAGAAACUUCUUCAUCACAGCCGAGUCAGCAGAGAGGGGCAUCAGAUAUCUCCUUCACCAUUGAUGCAAACAAGCAACAAAGGCAGCUGAUUGCAGAGCUCGAAAAUAAAAACCGAGAAAUCCUGCAGGAGAUCCAGAGGCUGCGACUUGAGCACGAGCAAGCGUCUCAGCCCACACCAGAGAAGGCCCAGCAAAAUCCCACUCUCCUUGCAGAGCUCCGGCUCCUGAGGCAGAGGAAGGAUGAGCUGGAACAGAGGAUGUCUGCACUCCAGGAAAGCCGAAGGGAGCUGAUGGUGCAGCUGGAAGGCCUCAUGAAACUGCUGAAGACGCAGGGGGCGGGCUCCCCGCGCUCCUCGCCCAGCCACACCAUCAGCCGGCCCAUCCCCAUGCCCAUCAGGUCUGCCUCUGCCUGCUCCACCCCGACCCACGCGCCUCAGGACUCUCUGACCGGGGUGGGAGGAGAUGUGCAGGAAGCCUUUGCACAAAGUGCGAGACGAAACUUAAGAAAUGAUUUGCUGGUGGCAGCAGAUUCAAUCACCAACACCAUGUCUUCUUUGGUAAAAGAACUAAAUUCUGAAGUGGGCAGCGAGACAGAGAGCAAUGUGGAUUCGGAGUUUGGCCGGACUCAUUUCGAUGAUCUGGUUCCAUCCCCGACAUCUGAGAAGGCUUUCCUGGCCCAGAUCCACGCCCGCAAGCCGGGAUACAUCCACAGCGCUGCUGCCACCGGCUCCAUCCGCAGUGACAUGGUUACAGAAGAUGGAGACCCCUAUGUCAGAGCAGAUGAUGAAAAUUAUGAGAAUGACUCUGUCCGCCAGCUGGAGAAUGAACUGAAAAUGGAGGAGUACCUGAAGCAGAAGCUGCAGGAUGAGGCGUACCAGGUCAGUUUGCAAAGUUGAGUGCAAUAUUCUUCUCUCUCCUCUCAAGGAAGCUGCAGUCAGACAGACAAUGAAAGCUACGUGAGAACUGAUGAUGAGGAGAGCUGCUUUCGGACAGAUGAUGAAGAAAUCUCAGCUGCGAACUUCACAGAAGAGUGGAACCAAGAGGUGCAGCGUCUCUUGACGAAAAAAUCACAUAACUAAUUCUGAGGACUGUAGCACAGUACUUUUGUUCUAAGAGUUGUAGUUUGUAGAUGUGUGUUUUUUGACAACAAGACUUUUGUUUAAAGCUAACUUAUAUUAGCUACAUCUUCUGUAACAUGGCUCAUUACUGGCGAAGCAAACAGACUGACGCGCGUGCUGCUGUCACGCACGGCGGCGCUGUUAAUAACUCACGUGAACCCUUUGCACAUGAUAUUGAACCUGUUCAGUUUACAAUGACAAUACUGUUUAUAGUUAGAAAUUUGAUUUCUGAAUACUUUAAGAUUUUAGUAGAUUGGUUUACUAUACACUGUACAUUUUUUUUUUCCACGGGAGAAAUAAAAAGCGACAAUUAUGCAUUUAACACUGAACGAUGAUACUCCUGAGUGUAUAUAUCUAGUAGCCCAAAAAACAAAGUACCAGACUAUAUUUGCAAUUUGUUUGCAAGUCUUUAAAUUAAGGCUUAUACAAAAUGUACUAAAAUAAUAAUAAUAUAACUAAUAAUAAUAAUAAACUUCUCUAAUUUAGGGCUAAUGUGUAACUUAGGAAUGUUUCUUUCAAAAUAGUCUAACAAAUCAGCCAUAGAAGUUAGUGUAAAUAUUUUUUUUCCAAAUAGAUAUCAUAUACAAAAGGUGACAUUCAAAUGAUAUAGAAUCUAGUUUUUAAAUCAGCACAGAUCUUCUUAAAACUGUGAACUAUGUUUUGAAAUACUCGUUGCUAAAGCUGUUUAUAAACCACAGGUGCCAUAAGAUCCCUGAACUGACUGAUGUUACGUAUAAUCCUCCAUGGUAUUGUUUCAUUGAUGUUUUAGCUUUAGUCAGCAUGUGUUCAACAAACCAGCUCUUUCCAUCUCUCUGCCCCUCCUCUUCCUCCCUGCCCCCUAACAUUAUGUUAUUUUCGAGGCCUUCAGCUUUAAAUGUACAGGCUUAAAGUGCGCUUGCAACUGUUUCCUUUUGAUUUCCGAAUGUGUACUGCCUUAGCCAGCCACCAGAUGUUCUGCAUGCCCUCUUGGAAAUGUGUGGUGAGACUCUUUCAGAGCUGGAUGGAGAAAUAGCGCUCAGUGACAAGCACAAGAGGAGUGGGUUCUUGCAAAAGGACAGGCAUACAGUUACAGAAUGUUUCGUCCAGUUUAGUAUUUUUCCAGUAUCAAGGCAUUUCGGGAGAAAGGGGACUGACGUGGCCAUUAGGCAGGGUUAGGCAGUGAGGCUGCUGGCUAAAAAGUGUUUGCUCUGCUGUGACCACAAACCUACAGAUACUCCUGAGCGGGCAUUGACACAAACUAGCAUCAAUGUGCUCCCCAGAGCACCCUGCUCCAAAACAAAGGUGGCACCUCCGUGGCACAUGGCACUGCCAUGCAGAGGAACCAGAGCCAGGCCAGGGACAGCUGGAGCAGCAGCAGGGCAGGGACACCAGGAGGUGUUCCAUGCUGGCCACCUGAGCUGUGCAGUGUUAGCUCGGGGCCGCCUCUGUGCCAAGGUAACUUUACUGCCCUAAUGCAAGACUGGGCUUCCAGUGCCUGGCUGACCUGAAGUGACACUGUCUAACAGCCCUGAACACAGUGGUGUUUCAUACAGAUAUUUCACACCAGCACAGUUUGCCUACAGCAAGUGAUGAGAUACCCAUCUAAAGCGGGUUACUGUGGCUUGUCUGUCCUUGCUUUCAUGGUGACGUGGAUGUGUGCUGCCGUGUUUACAUGAGAUUGCUAUGUAGCUCGACCCAGUAAGUCCACUUGUUUGCAUGCAUUCUCCAGGCUCGUGGCUGUUUCCCUGGGCACUAUGUGUUAGGGAAUGAGUAUCUGUAUGGAAGAGCUGCUGCCAUGUUUCACUUUCAUAUCAUUUUAUUUUGUAUGCAGAUCUCUUGUCUGUAUAUCCUUGCAUACCUGGGCUUGCUCUCAGACAUCCAAAUGCAUACUAAGGGAUCCAGAUAUCUUCAUGUAAGCUUUUCAUUUUUGCAGUGACUGGUCUUUGCUCCUGGGUAUGUGCCAUCCUGGCAAGGCAGGCACCAUAUCCUCCACUGUCCCCUCCUCCAACCUCCUCUCAGGAAUGAGUUAGCCUCCACUAGUGCCUAGCACUCCAUGUUUUAAGCUACUCCAGUGAACCUGUAGACAUUGCUGUCAGCUCAGGAUUCCAGGCAAGCAUUUCCUGAACAGGGAGAAAACAAGCUAGAACACAGCUAUGUGCAAUGGCUGAUUAAUUCAACCCAUGUCAUGUUUAACUGUGCCCAAAGUAAUAGAUCCCUCUCAUCACCUUAAUGUCUGCGUGCUCAUUGUCACCAUGCUUAAAAUAGAUGCACUAGCCUAAAUCCAGUGCAAGAGCUUCUGGACCAGGAGUAAGAACUGAAGUUGACUAAUCAAGCACCUUUCUUUUAGGCUGGUGUCAACAGGAUGAUCCCUUAGGAGUUCUGGGUCCCUUAUGCCCUGGAGCUCUGAGAUGAAGCACCUCUUACUUAGCUCUGCAAAUGCCUAUUUUAAGCAUUUUCCCAACUGUUAAGCUGGCUGCAUUUUCACCCAGCUGGUCUUUGUCUGUUUGUUGACUAUUAUUUUGGUUGUGGUUUGCGGUCAUUAAAACAAACACAGUUACAGAAGAGGUCCCUGCUAUGGCCCUUUUCUUAAUUACCCAUGGCCCGCCACAACCGUCAAAGCUCCGGGUGGUUUUGCUGUCACUGGAGGAAAACCAGUGGUUUGGAAUCAGGAGACAGGGAUGUGAAGAUGUAUAGGGUCCUUGAAUGUCCAAAGCGAAGGUGGAGAAUGGGUUGUCUGUAAGUAGUAAUGUUAACUAAACUGCAUAAAAAGGUGUGUGGCCUUUGUUGUGAUAUAAUAUGUAUUUUCUUAUAUGCAUGAGCCAAAUUGUUGCAUCAUAAUUUAUCAUAAGUGUGUCUGCCUUUACUUUCAGUCGUCACCUUCUCCCAUUCUUAUUGGUUCUUGGCAAUUACUGUAGAUAGACCUUGUAAAUAUUGCAACCUCGGGUUGCUGUGAUCACACUGGUUCAAUUCAGCAGACGGAGCUGUGAACAAUAAGCACUCCACAGUGUCCUGAAGAAUAAAGGGCAUUUUUACCUUUGAACCAAAAAACAACAAAAAAAGUACGAAGAGUUACAUCUUGAGGCUACUAACUGCAACGCAUUUUUAAAACACUGUACUUGACACCACUUGAGACAUGCAGAGACACUAAAAAUGUCACGAUAUUCAUUGGUAUUGUAACAGAACUGCUAUUGUAUGGGGUUUUUGUAUUGCUGUUCAGUAUUGUUUUGUGUGUGUGUGUUGGAACCUACUGGGGACAUGUUAUAUUUUGAAGUGAUUAAACUAUUUAAUUGUGUGUCUAUAUUUUGGAAUGGAAUUAUUUCUUCAUUAAAAAGAUUUUUAAAAGGAAUUUA